AUGACCUCCGUAAUUCUUGGCCUACUUCACGUCUGCUUCUUGUAUGGGGGAUUUGCGUUGCAUCUCACAAUACCUCCUACGUCAACACCAAUGACAUCAAUAUUGUAUGCAGACUGUUACCCCCUUGGUCUCGUUGUCAUGAUCCUCUUCUCGCUCGUCCCUGCUUCCAUUGUGUUCGAUCAUCACAAUGUGUUAGUCAGAGUUUCGUUUCGUUUGGUCUACAGCCCCAUUUCAUUCGCUGUUCCCUUGCACACAUCUGAGCGCAAACUUAACAUCCCUGUUACUGCGACACUGCUAUGCAGCGGUCUUAUCAGCACUUCGCUUCAAGAUCAACAGCUAGCGAUGAAUUUGUUUACUGAUCCUCACCCCAGUUUGCAAAACUUCGCAGCAGGUCUCAUUCGCGAAUGUCUAUCAAGUGACCCCCUGAUUGCUUCUCAGAGUCAGUUCACAUACUCUAUUGAAGUUCUUGGACAGUUGGCACAAGCUGGUGAUGCUAAUGAAGAGGUGAAUCGUCUCCUGGAUGACCUUCGAGUCGUUCGCAGACCCACAAUGGAGGGCAUGGUAGUCUGCCAGCCUUCGGUCAAGCCAGAAACCGAGCAGCUCAGGGAAAAGUUGUUUAACUGGUUCCAACAAUGGGGUUCCAUCUUCCAGAGGUCUCACUCUCCUGAGAAGGCUUUCGUCCCCUUCAUCUCCCAGCUCACAAAGCAGGAAAUUUUGAAGGUCUAA